CUUUAGCUUCAUUUUUAUGUUUACUACUACUUGGGCAGGUAGGCACCUACUAGGUAGUAAAUGCUGAAUCUACCUACCUAAGUAAUAAGUCGCGGCGGAGAUUAAUUGAUUCCGAACUCUUCUUCCUCCCAAAACAUUCACGUCUAUUUCAUUCUUGAAACCAUCCUACAACUUUGGAACGAAGCAUUGGGAUAUCGUAACAAUCCUCAAUCAAAUUGUCGCCAAUAGCACCUGUUCCUUUUAGAAAUCAAUCGAAACCGUCCAAUCUAGAUUACCAAAAAUGGAUGUAUUACGAGUAUGGAUGAAGAACAGCACGAACUUGUCUCCUGCCGUGCAUAAAGACGAAUCUGAGCAGCAACUUGAUUCCACUCAUUGUAGUUUGACGCACGAAGAAAAUCUCGAAAGAGAAUUUGUCAUUUUCAAUACCCAAGAGAAAGUCUUACGCCUCCAAAGCAAGUAUUCUCGAUCAAGUGUAGGCGAACUUGAACUUCAAGCUCGCAUGAAGACCGUGACCGUCAGCAUCCUUGGAACUUGCAAAAGUGACGGGCCGGGACGACGGCCCAUCCGCGCCUUCUGGGGCGUCUAUUUCGGUGAAAACUCUACACGUAAUGUUGGUGGCCGUCUCAACCCCUCUCUCCCACAAAAUUGCAUCUUCGCCAAGAUCGAGGCCUUGUCCCAGGCACUACACAUCUUCCAAGAAGACUUCGCCCAUGAUAAUACAAUACGAGCCUUUCAUAUCAUGACGGACCUAGACCCGCUGGUGCGCCCGGUUCUGGGAUGGGUAGAGGAUUGGAUCGGGCGAUCUUCUGUCGAUCACUAUCCGAUUCUCAACAAGAUCGAUCAUCCACAGGAAGAGAUGAUGUAUGACCACUGCGGAGGCUUGUCCUUUAAAUUUGGCCAUGCCCCGCGAGACGAGAGUCGGGAGGAGGACUGUCUAUUCGAUGACAUUAUCCCUAGCCACAAACGCAUCUCUUAAAGCACAGUGUCAAACCUCGUCAAGACUGUCUCGACCCUAGUGUUCUGUCCAGUUACACAACUUGUCCGGAACCUAUCCGAUGUGACGAGCAUCGGCCUCAUUCGGCGCUCUCAGGAUAUCUACGACUCAGCAAAUUCUGAAAAUGGGGGAUAUAUGAGUCCCGUCACUUAGGGUAAUCGGACGCCAUUCAGAUAUAUGCAACCGUGGAUGGUUCAAUGUUAGGAAUAGCUCAAGGAUGAGCACAACUGGUUCUGAUAUUUCUGGUUUCCUUCUGUUCUAUAGUCUACUUUCUCUGCUAGGUAGCUAUAAUAGGAUACGGGAAUGGCCUGAUACCCGGGGAAACCCCAAUAAGUAGACUUGCUGAGUUGAGGGAAUGAAGUCACAUACCCCAAAAUUAACCACAGGCAUAACAUAGCCUCGAUCGAUAGGGAAUCCAUAACCACCAAGACACGGG